AUGGCGGAGACUUCUGCUGCACCAACAACACCAACCUUCAAGCUCGUGCUUGUCGGUGAUGGAGGAACUGGCAAGACUACCUUCGUCAAGCGCCAUUUGACUGGUGAGUUCGAGAAGAAAUAUAUCGCCACUCUCGGUGUCGAAGUUCACCCCCUUGGAUUUACUACCAACUUGGGAAACAUCCAAUUCGACGUCUGGGAUACUGCUGGACAAGAGAAGUUCGGAGGUCUCCGUGAUGGAUAUUACAUCAAUGGCCAAUGCGGUAUCAUCAUGUUCGAUGUUACUUCCCGUAUCACAUACAAAAACGUUCCCAACUGGCAUCGUGAUUUGGUUCGUGUUUGCGAAAACAUUCCUAUUGUUCUUACCGGAAACAAGGUCGAUGUCAAGGAACGUAAAGUAAAGGCAAAGACCAUCACCUUCCACAGAAAGAAGAAUCUCCAAUACUACGACAUUUCGGCUAAAUCCAACUACAACUUCGAGAAGCCUUUCUUGUGGUUGGCCCGCAAGCUCGUUGGUAACCCAACUUUGGAAUUCGUUGCUGCACCAGCAUUGGCACCACCAACUGCACAAGUCGAUGAGGAGCUCCUGAAGGUAUACCACAAGGAGAUGGAAGACGCCGCUGCUAUGCCACUUCCAGAUGAGGAUGACAACGAUUUGUAA